AUGUCGUUAUUACAUCAUCUGGUGACACUUCCAAUUCGCCCCAUAACUACAGAUGCAUACAUUCCUGAGCUAAUUCGCCUCUUAAAGUCAGGAAUCCCUGCAACUUAUACUCUCGAACAAGUUGCUGCCUAUGAAAAGGGCGAUAGAGAUGGCCCCAAUAAUUUAGAUUCGAACACUACCCCAUUACACAUAUUAUGCAAGUCUUUACCCUCUGCAGGAGAGUUAGGUGAUACAGAAAAGACGGUUGUAUUGAUGAUCAUGGAUAAGCUCUUCGAAUUCGGAGCAGGGUGGAACUUUUUGGAUUACGAGGGGAAGCAUAUUGGAGACCUCCUUUUAGAAAAGGGCUACGGUGCGGGCGAUAUACUGUACGAUAGAGUUAUAGAGGCAGGUGUCAGUGCUGAGCUACUUCUCCGCAAGAUUAAUGGUGGUGACAUCGAGUUUAUUGAAGAGGAGGGCGUAGUUGGUGACGAUACCAACUGCCAACAGGCCUCUGCUCCACAACACAGCGACUCUUCGAUGACUACCGAAAACGAUGAAAACGAGGAACCCACUUAUAUCGAGGCAGAGCACGGUGACAAUGAUGCCACAGCAGCAGACCAAGUUACGUAUUUGAAAACAGAGCUCGAAUACACUGAGGACUCACUAGUCACUAAGCAAAACCGUGAUGGUGUUAUGAUGGCCUGGGAAUCAGAAAUCAUGAAGAUCGCUGCUGCCUCUCUUGUGGUCAACCGAGACCCCAACCAAGAAUGCAACAUUCUUAAUAUCGGGUUCGGGAUGGGCAUUAUCGAUUCCUUCAUUCAAAGUCAUAAACCAACUCGCCACUAUAUCUGCGAGGCUCAUCCAGACGUCCUUGCAAAGAUGAAACGUGACGGAUGGUAUGAAAAGCCAGGCGUUGUAAUUCUCGAAGGCCGUUGGCAAGACUGUUUAAACCGCCUCCUCGAUAGUGGCUCCAUCUUCUUUAAUGGCAUUUACUAUGACACCUUUAGCGAACAUUACCAAGAUAUGCUCGAACUAUACGACCUCAUAGUAGGUCUCAUUCAGCCGGAAGGCAUCUUUUCGUUCUUCAACGGUCUAGGAGCCGAUAGACCUAUCUGCUACGACGUCUACAAACGCAUAGUAGAACUCGACCUGGCAAAUUACGGCCUCAAAUGUGGCUACUCAACAAUCCCACUGUCUAACAUACCUUCAUGGAAGAACGUCAAACGUCCGUACUUCAACUGCAAUUAUUACUACCAUCCUCAGAUCUGCUUCCAGUAA